ACUGCCGUAGACAAUGCCGACGCGUUGAAAGUCUUCUUCGAUAGAUUUCCAGAAUAUAAAAAUCGGGAAUUUUUUAUUACGGGCGAAUCCUAUGCUGGUGUCUACGUGCCGACGUUGGCCGCCGAGCUGAUUCGACGUUUUAAGAAUAAGCAGAUGCUCGACGUGAAUUUGGUUGGUUUGGCGAUUGGCAAUGGAUUGAUCAGCUAUCGAUCACAGAUCAAUUCGAUCAUCGAUAUGUUCUACUAUCGUGGAUUCUACGGCAAAGCGUUAGUUGAUUUUGGCUACGAAUUUGAACUGGAUAUUGAAAUUAUUGAUCUCAAGAUCAGGAGUCAAGAUCAGCAUGAAUCAAGAUCAGCCUUGAAUCAGCAGCAUGCCCUUACCCGUUCGGCUGAAGGCCUGCUGAUUCAAGGCACAUUCCCUGGUGGUCAAUUCGAACGUCUCCUACCGUGUUGUGCAUUCGAUAAGAAGCCACCGAGUCCGCAGCCGUUGGCCUACUGCGAUUUCGCCAAAUACAUUAAAUUCGAUCCGCAUUCGGGAUCAAUCGAGCCAAAGAUAUUCAAUAAUAAGACCUUGCAGACGUGUGCAGAUCUAGUGGUGGAGAUGAGUGAUCAAAUUCCAUGGGCAGUUCUGUCACUGGCUUCAAAUUCAGUCACUGGCUCAAAAUUCAGGGAUGAUCCGUACAACACGAAUCAGGCUUGCUAUAUGGACAUGGUGAGUGCGCCCAGUUUGAAAGCGCAUCGGAUGCAGCGCCGAUUCCGGCCGCUCUCGAGACAUACCGUCGAUAGUAUGGUGAUGAAAGGUGAAGACGAGGGCGAUGAGACUGUCGAUUGGACGUUUACUGAUCAAGGGGCGCUUGAGGAUAAUGGUCAUUUGAAAGUGAUUUUUGAGUUGGGAAGGGGAAAAUGA